AGUGAAAGACCUAGUCAUCAUGAAAUUCUUCUCUGCCGCCGCCUUCGUCGCCGCUCUUGUUGCCUCUGGAAACGCCUGUCUCGGAGGUGGAGGUGGUGCCGGUGGAUGCUGCCCACCAGCUCAGCCAGGAUGUGGAAACCCAUGCCAAGGAGCCGGACCACAAUACGCAGCUGCUCCACCACCACCACCACCACAGUACGCUGCUGCACCACAAGGAGGAGCAUACCCAACUGCUGGAAAGUAAUCAGCUCGAAGAAUUUUAUCUGUAUAUUUGAAAAAGUUUCAUUUGAACGAUCAAAUAAAUUAUUCAGCAUUCAAAU